GAUUUUGAAUCAACAUGGCGGCAUACGCGUUGCGGUGGACAACGAGAUGUUUUCUUAGAAUUACAAUCAAAAAGACAAGUUUGUCGAGAGGUGUUUGGUGUGAAUUGUUUAAGACAGUUAGAGGACAUACGUCUAUGUCAGCACCUUGGGCUGCUUAUGGCAGACUCAUCAGCCACUAUGACAGCCUUGUCCGCUCCGGUUCACUGCAAGAGGACACUCAACAGAGAGCUGCGCUGCUUCAAUUAGAACAGUUAAACCAAGAGAUGACAGACUAUACCAACAUCCCAAUCCUUCUCCUUCAACCUAAAGACUGUUUACAUAAUCAACCCACCUCCAAACUGGAGAAUAAUAAGAGUGGAGUAAACCUUUGCAGUCAUGAAGAAAAUGCGUCAAAUGCAAAAGAAGACAAAGAUGUUAAUGACACAGAGGAGAAGUCUCUAAAGCCACAUCCUCCCCAUGGUUACUAUAUUCAUGGUGAUGUUGGUACUGGGAAAACAAUGUUGAUGGAUCUUUUUUACUCAUUUGUGGAAAACAGCAGAAAAAAGAGGGUUCAUUUCAAUGCAUUCAUGUUAGAUGUACAUAGAAGGAUCCACAAACUGAAACAGAGCCUGCCAAAGCGACGGAUUGGUAAAAUGACAAUGUAUGACCCCAUCUUUCCGGUUGCCAUGGAGAUCGCAGAGGAAACCUGUCUCCUAUGCUUUGAUGAGUUUCAGGUGGUGGAUAUAGCCGAUGCUGUGAUUCUGAAGCAGUUAUUUGAGGGCUUGUUUAAGUGUGGGGUCGUGGUUGUGGCAACCUCAAAUCGACCACCUGAAGAACUGUACAAAAACGGGCUUCAGAGGGCUGCUUUUGUGCCUUUCAUUGGCGUACUCAAGGAGCACUGUCAUACUGUCCGUCUUGACACUGGAAUAGAUUACCGGACAAGAGAAAUGGAAGUAGCAGGAAAAGUAUACUACGUAUCAAGUGAGCCUGAUGCAGAGAAUGCUGUCAAUACGCUGUUUGAGGAACUGGCGUACAGACAAAAUGACGUAACCAGGCCAAGGGUGCUGAACGUGCAGGGAAGAGAAGUGACCCUGAGCCGGACCUGUGGAACCAUCGCAGACUGCACCUUCCAAGAGUUGUGUGAGCGACCAUUGGGUGCAGGUGAUUAUUUAGAAAUCGCACGGCGGUUUGACACGGUCAUCAUACGAAACAUUCCUCCCUUUCGACUCGGAAUGAAGGACCAGGCGAGACGCUUCACCACACUCAUUGACAACUUUUAUGACCAAAAGGUUAGAGUGGUGAUACUGGCUGAUGCAUCAUUACACCGCCUUCUUGAUCAGGGACCAAUGACUGGAGAGGAAGCAAGAGAUCGCCUGAUGAUAGAUGAACUCGGCCUGACUGAUGAGGCCAGUGAGCGGCUGACAUUGUUCACAGCAGAUGAAGAGGUCUUUGCCUUCCAGAGGACAAUAUCUCGCCUCACAGAGAUGCAGACAGAACAGUACUGGCUAAGUGGGGAUCGGAGUCAAACAUGAACUGAAACUCCCUUGCAGUUUUCAACUACCUCUUAAUAGAGUCCAUCCUCGCAUAACAUUUGGGAUGGUAUUUUUUAAUCUCCAUAAACAAGCCUCAUCUUGUUACUUUAAAAGCAAGUGGAAUCAUCCAUAUGCUCACAUUACCAUUAAAAUGCAAAGCUCACUGACUGCAGUAGGAAAAUGCAUGCUGUCAAAAGGAGACGUCUAGCACCCUCUAGUGGAUAAUGUAUUUGUUGGUGUUUAGUACAUUAUGUACUUUGGAAUAUGUUCACUGAGGGAAUACAAUGUAUUGCCAAAAUUUAAAUGUUUUAAAGUGUGAAUUUAUGCAUUUAUGCUUCAUUAAAUAUGGAAGCAUGUUUUCAUAUAUAAGUAAUAACUUGUUUUUAAAAAAAGUACAUAAAAAGUAAUAAUUCUGAGAAUAUUUAUGAGAUAAAUUAUGACAAAAGUCAUAAAUUAUCUUGACAUAAACAGACAUAAUUAUGAGUUUUUAUUUCAAAUUUUAACUAUAUGCAAUAAUUAUGAUUAUUUAUGAAUUAUAAUAAUUAUGAUGAUGAUUUUUUUCUGAUGUGGUGGAAAUUGGCUUUCAUUCUUAAAUUAUUAAAAUGUU